GUGGACAUGCAGGAAUGUAGCAUGGUAUGCCAGUAUGGUUAAUGACAGGCCUGAAUUUUCUAUGAAGGCAAACUUUGAUGCUAACCCAAAAAGGUCACAUUUUUAACACCCUUCAAUAUUUCAAUUUGAAUUUCUUUGAAGUAAGUGAUCUUAAGUUAACUAACCAUGAAUACACUUUCAUUGUUUUUCAUAAUCAAAUUUUGUGAUCUUUGAAAUGGCUGGUCUGCUAGACCAACAACCUAGAAGACCUAACCAUCAGGUCUGGUUGGUAACGAUUCCUACGUUUACUGAAAUUUCCAAACUUUUUCAAAUCAAGAUUUGAAACAAAGACUGUUAAAGGACUCACUUUAAUACUGUUAAACAGGUGUCACUUUAAAAGAAAAUUCAAGUCGAGGGAGGAAAUCAUCCUGGUGAAUUCAAUUUCAGCCACGUGCCGGUGGUGCCCCCUAAUCGUUUUAUCUAGAAGUCGUCUAUGUUGAGGGUUAGGAGAGGUCGACAAAGGUGGUAGAUAUUAUUUUGGGUAAUAACCAGUUGUCAUCGUUUAUUGUUGCGAUUGACGUACCUACGUGCCUGCAUCUAUAAUAGCCAAUGUCAACAGUGAGUUACCAUUUACUCAAUGUCACUGAUAAAGUUUAUAUCAGGUUGUUCACUGGCACAAGGUGAUUCUCUAAGAAGUGUGAAAUGAGCAAAGAAUCCAGAGUGGACAAAGACUACACCAGUGAAGUUGAUCUGUUUGAAGAUUCUUCAGUUAGAAGUUCUUCUGCAGAUGAAGUCACUGAACGAACAUUGUCUGGGGAUAAGGUCUCAGAGAGAGAUAUGUCUGAAGAUUCCUCAGCUUCAAAAUUGUUCAAGGAAGUCAAGGAUGUGGGAGAAAAUCCUAUCCCAGAUUCAGAUAAAACUGUUCCAAAUCAGUACAAAUCACUUGUUGCCAAGGGAAUAAAAAAAAUGACAAAUGAGGAACGCAGCUUUUUUGAGAGAUACCAACAAGCUAACCAAAUCCAUCAUUGCUCCCUGAAGUGUACAACAUGUUUAUGUCAGUUGUUUCUUGGUAAUCCAGAAAACAUUCAAAUUCAUCCUGUUUUGGGUGUGUUGUUGUGCAGUGCCUGCAGAGAGUUUUACGAUAAUUCUCCCUUUACGAAAAAUGUGAAGGGACACGAUGAAUAUUGCCGCUGGUGUGCCGAAGGUUGCGCGGUUAUACGAUGUGAUACAUGUUCAAAUGUAUUUUGCAAGACAUGUCUACGGCGUUGUCUAGGACGCACGUCUUUUGCAGAAAUCACCGGCAGUAAAUGCAAAUGGAAUUGCUUGGUUUGCAACAAUCUUCCUCUUUGGACACCAAGAGCUUUAGGUAGAAUGGUGAUGAUCGCAAUUAAGCCUUGCGUUGGACCAAUCAUGGCUGCAGUUGAUUCCAAUGAUCCGACUGUUUGGUUGCCAAACAUGAUAGAUGACGUAGAAAAAUUGGCUGAUCAUUGUAAGAAACUGGUGACAAAGAUUAGAAGCAGUUGGGCUAAAGAAAAUGUAGGUAGUGACAGAAAAAGUAAAAAUAGCGACAGGCUUGCCAAAGAAACUGACAAAGUCGCUGUCGUCGAUUGCUGCCGUCAGCUUCGCAAAGCUGUGACCACAACUAACUUCAGUAUGAAGUUAUUGGAAAAGAAAAUGAUCACCAAGUUUAAGAAGAAAUAUGGCACUACUACCGACAUCGACAUUGACCUAUCACUUGAAAAAUCCAACUCGAAGGGGGAAUCAGCUCGUCGAGAAGGCAAAGCAAAUAAAUUAAAAAUUCGCAAUUUUACAAAAAGAAAUAGUGAGCAGGAUCACGUUGGCGAAUCCGUGGAAUGUUCACCUUCUGACGCGCCACAUGCAUUUCCAUCGGAGUGUUUCCUUGAUCUCGCUACUUCACAUGACACAACUCUGUUACGAACAAAAAAAUCGUCAGACGUCAACGACAAAUCGACUAAAAAAGAAGCUACACCGAAGCUGAUUAGAUCUAAUCCCAGUCCGAUGGAGUGCACCAGCGACAAUAUUUUGCCGGAGAAUUCAAAAUCGAAGACGGCGACGUCAUCCAUCCGGGAUUUGAAAUGUCUCGGUUCGGUUGAACCAUCAGCUCUUGAUCCAAACCAAAAGGCAAGGCGAGACCUAUUAAAAGACUCCACCGAUUCGGACCUAUCAAACUCUUUGGAUUCAGAUAUCAGUCUUGCUGAAUUAAAGCUUUCCCUGCAUGGAAAAAAAAAGAGAAGAAAUAGUUGUUUACCAGUGAAGGACGAUCCGAAGUUAAAAUGCAAAUGUGUCGUUCUUCUUAAUCGCAUCCCCAAUUCGAACAUUACCUUUGUUCAAGAUGACAAACGAAAAGUAGACAGACACGAUCAGGAGAUUGAUCUUCCAAUUAAAAAUCCCUCGAACAUUGAGAGGUUAGUGCGGAUCGAAUGUGAAGCAGAAACAGACUCAAACUCAGACUCAGAAAAAAAAGAAGACCAGUUUACAAGACAAAGUCCAACGCCAGAGAAGCAAUGUGCUAUGAAAAGGCGUUCCCGGAUAUUAGAAAUGGGGUCGUCGUCAUCGUCGGAUGUUGAGAUGGAAACGACUGCGAAAGAGAUUGCCCCUCCCAAGUUUUCAACAGCGCCUUUGAUUCGUGAUCGCGAAGAAAUUGCACGCCAGGCUUUGCUCGCUUCUAGCGACUCGGACACAGAUAAUUUAACGUGUGAAACCGAAAAUGAGGAUUCACACGAUAAGGUUGUGGAAUCGACGAAACAAAAUUCUGUUGAACACGACAACGUGGGAAUAAAAAAUAUAGAAAAGGUAGUAAAAGGAGUCCAGGUCGUAGAUCUAACGAGUGACUGUGAAGGAACUACGGACAUUUCUAAUAUCGAAACAGACAAAUUACUACGCAUGUCUCUUAACGAUCCUGCAGCCAAAACAAAAAGAAACCCUAAAGACCACGAAACUAAAAACGAAGCCGCGAGAAGAGGAAAGAAGAAACGUAGGAACCAGCCGAGUUCAGAUACCGAAAUAUCAGAAUCCGACAUAGAAGAUAGGUUUAAAAGAAUCCGUUUAAGUCCGUCGGCUGUCGAAAGAGAUUCCGACAAUAGAAAUGAUGAUGACUCAGCUAACGAGGCAACAGUAGAAUCCGCAUCACCUGUGCAAACAAAAAAAGCGGUCGCAGGAAACACAAGGAAUUCCAGCAAUUCAGAUGAUGAAGAUUUGAACACAUCCCAACGUUCCGAAAGCGGUGGUUCAAAAGGAAGAAAGACCAUAAGGAAGAUUAUGGCUGAUACAAGUCUAACUGACGAAACGAAAGCGGCUGCAAGAGAGGAGGAGAACAGAAAGAAACGCAUUGCAGAACGUCAGAAAUUCUAUAACGAAGCUUUUGUUUGUGGUUCUGCCAUCGCCGACGCCCAAACUAAUAGUUUAGUUCUGGAUUUUGAUCCAGUAACCAAGAAGGAAUUGGUCACCGUCGAUAAAAGCCUAGUCACGAAGCUAAAACUCCAUCAAGUUCAAGGAGUCAAAUUCAUGUGGGAUGCCUGUUUUGAGUCCGUGGAGAGACUCAAACAACAUCCUGGUUCUGGAUGCAUUCUGGCACAUUGUAUGGGUCUGGGCAAAACUCUACAGGCUGUUACCUUGGUACAUACAGUAGUAACAAACAAAAUUUGUCAGGUGGAUCGUGUCCUCGUAUUGUGUCCCGUAAACACAAUCCUCAACUGGGUAAACGAGUUUAAACUAUGGCUUGGGACAACAUCAGGCGUUGAUGUGUAUGAAAUUACUACAACUAGUUACUCCAAGAACAACAACAAAGAAGCGAGCCGCGUGCAAACGUUAAGCAAGUGGUUCAAAGGCGGAGGAGUUCUGGUCAUAGGGUACACCAUGUAUCUGCUUCUAGCUAGCGAAAAUAGCAAAAUAGAUAAGACCCAGGAAGAACGGGACCUGUGUGCGUGUUCGUUGGUGGAUCCUGGGCCACAAUUGGUUGUUUAUGAUGAAGGUCACGUUUUAAAAAACGAAAAAACCGCUUCCUAUGAAGCGCUAAAUAAAAUAGCCACCCGUCGCCGCAUCGUCUUAACAGGCACACCUCUUCAGAAUAACCUCGAGGAAUAUUUCUGCAUGGUUCAGUUCGUCAAACCCAAUCUCCUGGGAACAAUUACAGAGUUCAAGAAUCGCUUUGCAAAUCCCAUCAAGAACGGGCAGGCGGCCGAUUCCACCGACAGUGACGUAAGGCUGAUGAAACGAAGGGCACAUGUGUUACACAAGAUGCUCGAAGAUUCCGUUCAGCGAUUUGAUUACAGAGUUUUAACCCCGUUUCUACCCCCAAAGCAUGAAUAUGUGAUAUCAAUCAAAUUGUCGGAGCUGCAAACCAAAAUGUACCAGUACUAUCUCGAGAAUCACGUCAAAGGUGGUCCGAAAAAUUCCAGCCGUGUAAAAGCAGCCGGACUCUUUGCCGAUUUCCAAGAAUUCUCACGCAUUUGGACUCACCCGAAAGCGUUGCUUUUGGCUGAAAUUAAUCGCAACAAAGCCAAGACAAAAAGCAAUAGUGAUUUGAAGACUACUAACAUGGAUGCAACUGGGGAUACCACACAGAAGAGGUACUCCCAUGAGGAUCAUGGAGAACCUACUGUUUUCGAAGACGGUGAUGAACUUUCAUGUUUCGAUAUCGGCAGUGAAAAGGAAUCGGGGAGAGCAAGUACGUCUAACAGCUCAGUAGCGCAUGACGCCCGUAUAAACCAAACGGCAACAGACGAUGAAUCAGGUGUGACGACUUCGUUGCCUUGGUGGUCGCAGUUUUGCCAAGUGGACAUGACUAAAAUGGAACUUGGUGGCAAACUGGUUCUUCUCAUGGACAUUCUUCGUCAAUGUGAGCUCAUUGGUGACAAAGUUCUCGUUUUCAGUCAGUCCCUCGUAUCGCUUAAUCUGAUUGAAGAAUUUCUCGCCAUUGAAAACGAACGGAAAGAGAAAAGUCAAAAGAGUAUGGCUAGUAACGAGUGGACGCAGGAUUCCGUUAGCAGGUGGCGAAUCAAUCACGAUUAUUUUAGGAUAGACGGACAGACUUCAUCUGAAGUGCGUUCCAACACGUGCAAUAUUUUCAAUAAUCCAUUGAAUCUUCGAGCUCGUCUCUUCCUAAUCUCCACCAAAGCCGGUGGGGUUGGGAUCAAUUUGAUUGCAGCGAAUCGUGUUAUCAUAUUUGAUGCCUCAUGGAAUCCUUCACACGAUGUCCAGAGUAUUUUCCGAGUUUAUCGUUUUGGUCAGCAAAAGCCAUGCUAUAUCUAUCGGUUCUUAGCUCAAGGUACAAUGGAAGAAAAGAUCUAUGAUCGUCAAGUCACGAAACUGUCGUUGUCUUGCCGCGUGGUCGACGAGCAGCAGAUUGAACGGCAUUUCAACUCGGCUGAUUUAAAGUACUUGUAUCUAUUUGAGCCUGACAGCCAUCUACGCCGAUCUACACCUAUUUUGCCCAAAGAUCGUCUUUUGGCCGAGUUGAUCAUUCAGAGAAAGGAAUGGAUAGUAACGUACCACGAGCAUGAUUCUUUGCUAGAAAAUAAGUCGGAAGAAGAACUCACGGAGGCCGAAAGAAAGGCCGCAUGGGAUGACUUCGAAAAUGAGAAACGUGGCGUAAAUAUGGUGAGGAACGAAUCCGCUGUGUUUAUGAACAUGCCUGGAAUAGCGGAUAUUUUUGAAGCACUGGUUGGGCGAACGGUUGCUGGUGUUCCAUUAACUAGUGUAGCGUCUUUGAUCUACAAUUCAAAUCCAAACAUCACUCAAGAGGAUUUUAUUGCAAGACUUCGACUGACUGUGGAUCAGAUGGGAAGUUUUACGGCGAAUCAAGCGAUAACAGCUUCAGUCGCUACCGCUGCUGGCCAACGGCAUGGGGAUUUGGGAAGACCAUUACUUAUCCAGCGACUGUUAGCUACCGAUCAAAACGAGCAUCUUCGUAGUAAUUCGCCACAACGAACAAAAUCGCCAGACCCCAGCGGUAUAGAUGUGUUAGUUUCUCUUAGUCCGCAUAAUGAAUCUGCAAGUGCAACAACUGCACCUCAAUAAAGAAACUCAUUGGGAGCAGCUCUUUGAAACUUCCAUAACGGAUGAUUUCAAUUAAUUGAUCUAAAUUGUAAUACCUUGACCUUGCUUCUGUAAAAAAUAGUCACAGGUUUAUUGAUUAGCUUUUUUCACCCUUUUUCUCCAGCCUAGCUGUUUUCUCUGUAAACGACAAAACGUGUUUCAUGGAAAGCUUAAGGAUAUAGCCAAUCUGUUCAUAAUAGUUUUUUGGGUCUAAAAAUUUUAACGGUAACGCCUUUGAGAGAGUAAUUCUGGCCUUUUAAUGUUAUUCGCUGCUCGCUGGUGCAGAGUUGUUUACAUGCUAAUCAUUGUAAUGGUCUAAAAUAAGAUUACUGUUUCAACUUUCAA